UCUGUGGGAUGAGUGAAUUUAAAAAAGUUAACGGCAAACGCUUUUUGAAUUUCGUUUUUUCUCCUUAAUUUUUUUUCAUGUUUUCAAUACUUAUACUUUCAUUAGAAUUGUCAAUUAUAAUUCAAAUUUAUGCAACCUAACCAAGGUAUCUUACCCUAUAGAGGCGUAAAUACAUUAAAGUGACUGUGAAAUAAAUAAGACUUAGUACUGUGUAUUGUUUAUACUUUAAGCACUUUUUAUGGUAUCAAAUAAUAAACAUGCAAAGAACAAGAAUUCCAUCACCUUCGCGUUCUCAUGGAAGCAUCACUCCACGUCGCACAUCACGUAGGACCCAUAGUCGUAGUGUGACUUCUCCGACCCCGUCCAACGCCUCUGAUAAAUUAACGUCAAUAAUACAAUUCGGAGAGAAAAACAGGAACUCUUUUGUACUAUCUCCAAUGAACUACAGGCGAUCUUUAUUAACUGACAAUACAGAUAUUGAUGAACCAAGACGUCGAAGCUGGUGGAAGAAACUAAAUGAGAAUACAACAGAUGUAAUUGAUUUAAUAAAUAUCAAAGAAGCACAAUUGAACAAUGUUGUUGAAGAGUACAUUGAUGUUGAAGUGCUCAGCCAAGAAAAAAAGAAUUACACUUUAGAUUUGCCUGAAAGCAGUGACAAUGAAUCUAUAAGCAGCAUAGUAAUUCCACAACGUAAACUCUUUACUCAGAAAGAAAAUCAACCAAACAAAGGAUUUGGUCAGCUAAUAGAAACUGGAGAAACACAAGCUAAACUUCAUAAAACUAAUACAAAUCUUGAAAAGUCAAUAAAUGUUGCACCAAAAACUCUUUUUGGACAGGGUUCCAAGCCAAGGUCUAAAAUUGCAUUUCCUGCUGCUCUACUUAAGAUUUCACCAAAUAAAACAGCUAAUAAAACCAAAGAGAUAAUACCAGCUGAAGUAAAAGGGCAAGUUAGAAAUCUUUUUGGCAACAAAGCAGGUACUAAGCGAAAAAAUAUAUUUGCCGACUUUAUUGUGUCUGAUAGUGAAGAUGAAAUAUCUGACAUACAACCUAGAGUUUUUGGUUUUCAAAAAAGAUCUGAUCAAAUACCACAUCGCCGAAGCAGUUCCACAUCUCACGGUCUAAGAGACAUAUCACCAACCUCCAGUAUUACCACUGAUAUUGAAAUGUAUGAUUGGAACUUACUACCAUCUUCCACAAUGGUUGAAAAUCAACUGGAAGAUAAUAUGAUUGCCAACGGUAAAACCCCAGUGAAGAGAGCCAAGCUAAGCAAACUUUCUGUAGCAAAAGAAUCUGAAACUAGAAGUGUAAAUGCUGAUUAUAACAAAAAUAUACCUAAUAGUAACAUUGAGAAAACUAAUGAACUACAUUUUGAAGCUCACCAUGAAGAAUUGCAAAACAUGUCUCAUAAUGGUCAAAAGUCAGGUCAAGUUAAUGAAAUUGUAACUAGCAAAAAUACUUCAAAAAAAGAUGAAUCUAGUACCACAUAUAGAAAAAAAGAUGUUGAUAAUACGAAAAUUAUCGCCACAAAUAAUGAAACAGUUCAAGAUAAAUAUAAUGGUGGUGUUGAAAAUAAUAUAGGUAAUAGUAAAUGUGAUAAAGUUUCUAAUGUAAAUGUUAGUACUAAAGAUGAAGUUCACAAAAUAGUGGACACGGAAGAUGAUAAAGAAAUUAAAAAUAAUAGUCAUAUAGUUAAACAACAAGAACCGAGAACUGAAACUGAAGAAGUAAAAGAAAUGGAAAAUGAAACCAAUAAUUAUAACAGUAAGGAGAUUCAAGAAGAAAACCAAGAAGAUGAAGUAGAUAAUGAAAAUGAAGUUGAGGAAGAAAAUAAAGAGAUCCAAGAAAGUGAUGAAGAGGAUCAUGAUAAUCAAAAUUUGCAAUAUGAAAGCGAAGAUGAGCAUACUGGAAGCCAAAAUCAAGAUAUAUCUUCGACUAAAGAGGAAAGUCAUGAAGAUGAAGAAAUGGAUGAUGAAAAUGAAGUCGAUAAUUAUCACAACAAGGAGGUGGAAGAGGAAAACCAAGAAGAUGAAGAAGUAGAUAAUGAAAAUGAAGUUGAGGAUGAAAAUAAAGAGAUCCAAGAAAGUGAUGAAGAGGAUCAUGAUAAUCAAAAUUUACAAUAUAAAAGCGAAGAUAAGCAUACUGGAAGCCGAAACCAAGAUAUAUCUUCGACUAAAGAGGAAAGUCAUGAAGAUGAAGAAAUGGAUGAUGAAAAUGAAGACGAUAAUUAUCACAGCAAGGAGGUGGAAGAGGAAAACCAAGAAGACGAAGAAGAAAUGGAAAAUGAAAACGAAACUGAGGAUAAAAGUGAAGAAAUUCAAGAAAAUGAAGAAGAAAAACAUGACGAUCAAAUACUACAAUAUGAAAGUGAAGAAGAUCAAAAUGAAAGCCAAGAACAAAAUAUACCUUCUGAUGAAGAAGAAGAGGAAAUUGAUAAAUCAGAACAAAUAAAUGAGACAGAACAAAAAACGUCUGAAGAUUGUAACAUAACUAAGACAAACAACACGAGACCUGGAACAAGAGAAAAAUCACCUGAAGCUAUUCUUUCUAACAAAACAAAUCAUAUUGAAUCUUUCACUGCACAAGGUCGUAACACCAGUAUCAGAAUGACUAAAAGUAUGACCAAACCACUAAAUGUAAAACCGAGUAUGGCGCUACUUAGAGAGAGCACAGGUGUAUCUGAUGGUACUAAAAAUUCUAGUGCAGAGGGAUCUGGUUGGGACUCUCAUAGGACUACGAGAAAAACGUUACGGCAAACAUUUGGUCGUGAUUUUACUCCGCGCAAAUCUCUAAGAGCGUUGGUUAUGGAAAAAUCUGCUAAACGUCAUACAGUUUACAAUGACGAAAAUAUGGCGACUAAUGAACCAAUAGGAGACACUGAAUUACCUGAAUUAUCUACUCAUGAAUAUAACGAUGAUGAAGCAGAAUUGGAAUCAACGCACGAAACUUUGAAGCAAAUGAGGCAAACAACAUUGGAGAUAUAUUUGCAAAAGAUCAAAAAACAGAAUAUGGAAAAGAAAAAGAAAAUGGAAGAAGAGGUCCGGAAUUCACUUAAAGCUCCAAGCACAAGAGAUGUGCUCAAUCCGUUCAAAGUGCCCGCUCGCCCUAAUUUUACAUUACAGCGAGCUACUACAAAAACGGUUAGGAAUAAAAAUAAAUCAAAAAGUAAACAAGUGAAAUCAUCAGUAUUAGAUUUGGGUGAUCUACCAACAGAACUAUUGGAAGACAUGAAGUACAAGCCACCACCACGGUUCCAACCCAGGAACGCGUCGUGGAUCACUAAACGUCUUUAUAAAUUCUUAGAAACAAAGUUGGAACCCAAGUACGAUUACAAGACGCGUUUACGUUCUGAGAAAUUAGUGGAAACGAUAUAUAACUUUACAAAAGACGUACGCCGACACCCCGUCGCCCCAAUCGAUGCAGUCGAAGUACUGAAGCACGAGAUGGCCAGAUUAAAUGUUGUCAAGACACACUUUGAAUUUUAUCAGUUCUUCCACGAUUUUAUGCCCAGAGAUAUAAGAGUGAAGGUUAACCCUGACGUGGUAAAUGGCAUACCUUUGCCACGACACGGAGUAUUUGCUGAUAUUUUGUGAAACAGCACUAUUUUACAAUGUUAAAAAUAUUAAUGUACCUAAUUCUGUUAAUUGGAAACUAAUAUUAUUAAUUUAGAAUUAUAAAUUAAAAAUUUUAUACUUGCA